AGCCGGAGCGCGUGCUGUUCUGUAUCGGGAGCUCGCGACCCGGCGGUUAAGGAGGGGGGGAAACAGGGAAGCCCGACCAAACUCUGAGCCGAAACCCGAACACAACCAGAGUAAUUCUGAAGGAAUAUACACAGUUUUUGGGCAGUUUAGCGCCACAGAUGAGCUUAAAAACCGAAUCGAAGAGUUUUAGCGACUCUGGAAGUCGUUCCUGUCGGUAAAGUUGACGGUGUUCGGGCGAACUUGUUCUCUGUUGUGGUGGUGGAUGUGGUCGACGACGAACCAGGAGGAGGAAUAAUGUUGAUGCCGCUGCUGUCUCUUCUCUGACCCUGCUCCAUUUUCUUUUAACACAGAAAGAGAGACUGAAAAUUAAAGGAGAAAAAGUCCAGAAAAAGAGGAGAAAUGGCUGAAGCUCGGUCAGAGGAAGAGGAGGAAAACAUGAUGAGGGACACCCGGGAACAAGUGGUUCGACGACAGCCCAACAGCUCCGGAGGUAAAACCGCGAAAAUGUCGGAAAAUUCACUUCUUUUUCGACUCAAACCCUCCUGUUACCGAUACAUGGUGAUGUUUUUAAAAGAUAGAACCAACUGUCACUUCAACAGGCCAGUUUACACCUGAAAUACAAACCAGAAACUGUAACUCUAGAUGGUCAGCGAGAUAGGCAACACAAUGCCUUAAAACGCAGUUUAAAUUUAUAUUUUUAGAGUUAAAACGACAUUUUAUGCAACUUUAGGUGAGUAUAAUAACAUUUAGAGUGUCAAAAUGUAAGUAUAUUUGUAAAAUCUCCAGUAAAACUCAGAGAUAUUCGCAGAAAUGCAUCUACUUUACUGGACUGGACCAGUAACUUAUUGGUUAAACAUGCAAAAUAUAAAGUUUUGACAGUUAGUAGAAUAUGCAGAUUGAUUUUUAUGCAUUUUGGUCCUACAAUUUGUCGAUCUGUUGGGACCAGGUUGAGCAUUUUGGGAAGAAGUUGAUUGUGCUUUUUGAAGGACAAAUGCAUUCAAAUCAGUUGGUUGCAGUUUUUCAUGAGUAUAUUCAAUUUACCUUCUAUUUUAGAAAUACUUGACAUAAAUAUGGUUUUGGUUUAAAUUAGCCCAAUAAUUUAUAAUUCUUUGUCAUCUUGGAGUUUAAGGAUUUGAUUCCCCCUUUUUGUGAUAUUUUUUUAAAGCCCUAAACAGCUUCUUUUUCACAGAUUUAUGAAGAGUAUGUUCCCCAUGUUGGCUCUAGUCAUGUUACAAAGAGAGUUUCUUCACCUAAAUUGCUGAUUUUACAAACACAAACACCGAUUGAUGCAAAAACAGCUGAUAAGACAUGAAAAAUGGGGGUGAAACUAACUGUAAGACUCUGGGUGUAGCCUGCUUGAACCCACAGCCAUAAAUUCUUGUAUCAACAUGCGUGCAUGUCGCCAUUUGGGUCAAAGUUUACACAUGCAGGCAUAAAUAUGCAGACGCUCACAGAAACAUUCCCAGCUGAUUGUUACGGUGCGGGCCUGCGCCAAGACUUACAGCUGUUCAUCUGCAGGUUUCUGUCUCUGUAUCGCACAUGUACAGCAGCACAAGUUAUACUUUGACACGACUCUAAAGGCGUCAAGUGUGUGAGUAAGACAGGAGUAUGACACCGUCACUUUAACCCUCCGGCUCAGACUAGGUGUGUCUUUGUGGAGAUUACGCCACGUUUUGAAAUGAAACCAAACCGCCAACCAAUCUCAAAACUGAAGCCAAGUCUUAAAACCGUGUCUUGUUUUAAAAUCACACUUUUAUCAGUGUUACCGUACUUUUCCUCUUUCUAAACCUCCAACAUUGGUCAGUCAUUCAUUCACAGUAUGCUUUGAAUAUCAGUAGGCAAAUGAGUGGGAAGUUAGGAGUUGACUGGCAGGUGUGACAGCUGGUCAAACAGGGAAGUGUGACAGAAAAACAGCUGAAGAAGCUGCGGCGGACGGAUUCAGUUGAUGGAAACCCUUUGAAAUAUCUAAAUACAAGACGGAAGGCCGACCCUCAGCUCUGAAACUAAUGGCAUAAAAACCAUGACCACAGACAGAGCACUUUCUCUAUAGUACUGCAAAUGUGUGUAGAGAUCCCAUCAUAGAGACCAGAUGGAGAUAUGUAGGUCAGAUCCAAAUACACCUUCAGUAGGUAGAGCCCAUGAUCAAAAAUUACGAUAAAGGGAGAGGAGAGCAGGGGGAGGAGAGACCCCUACUGUCCAAAAACAACGACAAAGAGAUCCACCUGUUGAUGCCUGAAGUCAGCAAACAUCCACGUAGAGAAAAAGGCUCAAACUAAAUAAUAAAGACACAGUCAGCUCUGUGCAGCUCAUUGUUAGUCAGCUGCUGUUAUUGUGUAAUGAAACCCGAGCAUGUGAUUGUGACUGGCCGAGGUCGAACAGCGUCUUAAAUUCUGGAGUUCUUGUGAUUGUUUGGAACUUUGGGAAAGAGUUGCACAAACAGAUUCCAGCUCGGAGGGACGGUGUUUGGGGAUUGUGUAAAGUAUUUGGAUACAAACCAGACUGAUGACACUCCUCCUGCACAACAUGGAGUCAAUCUCUGCAGAGCAAAUGUGUUUGUGUGUUUGCCUGCAGCGUUCCAGCUCUGUGGGUCUGAUUUGGAGGCAGUCUGUGAUUAAUUUGGGACUUCGUUAUUGCUACAUGCUUUUGUUUUUCCGGCCUCCACUAAGAUUUAAUAAAGCAGCUAAAACAGAACAACGUAGAUCCCCAACUUUAGUCAAGAUUUUGCUCUUUUUGAAUGUUAACACUAUAGUUUGGUAAAGGAGAACUGAGUUGCAGCUGAUGACUGUAUAUUCCACUAAUUGCUCAUUAGGUUUCAAAAGAAUCAGCAACAACAAGACAACCUCAAAGUGACCCACUUCUGUCUCCCACAAAGACUCAUCUGUGGUUGUGAGCGCGGUCAUGUCGCCUCUCGCAGUUUCAAACAGUGUCUUUGAUGGAGGAAGGAUUUGGGUCAUGCAGGGCACGUCUGCUGUCCUGUAAACAUACAGUUUCUGUUGUAAAACUCUGUAAAGUUCAGCUUUAACCUACACAAAACAGGGGUCCACCGAGUGUUUUUAGAAACAGCCUGUUGAAGGGAUAUUCUGGCAUAAAAUUAAGUUCAGGUCAAACACACCGUAACACAGAGUUAGACACCUCCUCCAGAGAUAAAUGUUGCUGACCGCUUGCUUCUGUAGUUAUACCAACUUUAGUAACGACCACAGGAUAGCAAUACACAGCGGUCUGAGGAGCCAUUAACAAAUCUCAACCAAAACUCCACUCUAUAGCCACAAAUAAUGCUCAGAACAGCACCUAACUUCAUCAACAGGCAUAUAGGGUCACAGCCAUAGUACUAGCCACCAAACAUCUUUUUAACUUUGCCUUAUUUCUUUAGCAAACCCACUGCGCAAUGCAACGUCGAAAUGACAUCUAUUUAAUGUAUUUUUUUGACGACGAGGUACAAAUGUGGAUGUCAUUUCAACAUCUAAAAGAGGUCCAAUUAUGACGUCUAAAUCUUGGAUCCAUUUUGCACAUUGUGCCGACAUCUAGAUUUGUUCUUCAGAUGAUGUCCAAAUUCUGCUUGUCACACUGACGUCAUGACGUGGUCUUUGACGGACCGACCCAAUACUGACUUGAUCUGCACGUCUCUUUGACGUCCGAUGUUUGGUGGGAAGAGACUGAACACAACUCACCUACUCUCUUCCAGCAGCAGCUUGUUUGUAGCGAGACCCAGGCCAGUGCAUUACCGCAGCGGAGUUUCACAGCUCAAGGAAGAACAUUUAUGAUCAUUUCUUCAUGGAAAUACAAUCAGACCGAGACGCUAAGGCAGAAGAACUACCGCGUCUGUAAAAUGAUUAAUAUGGUGAUUAUUACUUCAAGGAAAUGAUAAAGAAAUGAUCAUAAAUGUUCUUCCUUGAGCUGCGUCACCCCGCUGUAGUUCAUAAUUGACUGGUCAGAGGACUAAGUCAAAGUUAAAAAGAUGUUUGGUGUCUAGUACUAUGGCUGUGACCCUAUAUGUCCUGUUGAUGAAGUUAGGUGCUGUUCUGAGGAUUAUUUGUGGCUAUAGAGUGGCGUUUUGGUUGAGGGCGUGGCUCUCUGUAUUGCUAUCCUGUGGUCGUUACUAAAGUUGGUAUAACUAGAGAAGCAAGCGGUCGGCAACAUUCAUCUCUUGACGGGGUGUUUAACUCGGUGUUACGGUGUGUUUGACCCAAACUUAAUUUUACGCCGGAAUAUCCCUUUUUAUGUAACUCUAACACAUGAUUAUCCACCUUCCGUUGAUGGCUGAUUUCCGUCAUAAAUUGAUCGUUUCAUACGAUGUUUUAAUGCUGCUAAACGUUCAUGCUGCUUCAUGACAGUUUUGCAGCUCCUUUUAUUUCUCCCUCUGAUCUCGGGUUUUUAACCUCUCGGUGCAAAACAAGGAAAACAACUGAUGACUAACGCCGGGGGAAAUUUGCUGUGGUGUGCAUUUGCGUGUUUAAACGCACCUCCUGCUCAGAGCUCAGCCUCCCUCCCGCAGCACAAACAUCUGGAAGUGUUAAAGCUCCUGAUGACUCCAGCAGGAUCCCCCAGCAGCCAAUUACUGCAGCACUUCCUGGAUGCUCUCUGCCAAUCAGAAAGCAGGACAGAGCAGACAGGGAGUCCAGUCAGUUUUAGGGAGUCGGGGGAAGAGAAGAGGAAGACAGGAAAGGGAUUCGGGGAAGUUUUAUUUUAAGUAUUUAUAGAAAGAAAGGAGGAGAAAGACAGAAGAGCUUUGGCCUUUGCAGACUUUUCUACGAAUUUGUCAACAUUUGGUUUUACUGGAUACUUAGAGGAGCAGAGCUGAGCUGGUUUUCAGAGGAAAAGAGGUAGGAAAUGGAAAAAAUGCACACACAUGCAGAAAAACUGAGUCCAGAACUACUUUUGGAGAGAGAAACCCCCUCCUCUUGUCUUUAGUCUUUGCUUUUUCUAACUCUGAACGUGUUGACAGGAGGGUCAGGUGAGGACACGUAAGUCCAGAACUCCCUCUGUUAUGACUUUCUCUCUUUUUAACGCCCCGGGGGACUUUUCCUCACUUUUCACUCUAACGUCAGAGCUGGCAGAGUCUGUGAAUCGUCUUCUUUGGGCUUUUCCUCUGAUGAAAUAUUUGGAGGUGUUGGUGUUUCUUCAGCUGGCUUUUUGUUGUCGUAGCUAGAAAGUAAAAUCUGUUUCUAUCGAGACACUCAGGAACCUAAGAGAAGUGAAAACUAUUCACUCGUAAGGUUAUAAAACUUCAAGUUAUCCUUCUCAACCAAAAUUAAGUUUUAGCACAAAGUAGCAGGAACUUUUUAAUGACCAUAACCCCCAAUUUUCACCACAUCCGGAAUGUGAUUUUUGUUGUCCCCCAAUUCCUACUAGGGCGAAUUUUGUGGUGGAUUACGGACAGCAGGAAUUGCAAGAACCUGCACAUUCACGUACUAUCGCGCAAGUCGUCUUUAGCCACAGAGACUAACCAUAAAAGCAGUAGAUUGUGUCCUUCCAGAGGAGGAAAUCUACUUCUAGACUUCUAGAAUCAGCAUCUCCUCAUCCAUGGUGUCAUCGGGGUGAAAUGAUGUCUAAAAACCUUUUACUUGUUCGUCUCCGCCUGUUUGCAUGGUGUGAAAUACGAUCCUCCUGAAACAUGGAGUGUUUUAUUUUGGAAAGAAGCCGGAUGUUUUAUUUUGUGUUUGUUCCCGACCUCCUUUCCAGCACGGGUUAAUCUGUGCUGAAUUUAUCCGGCAUGCUCCAGUGUCCGGAGUCUGGUGAUCGGCAGCAGAAUGGAAAGAAGCCGGUGGAAAUUGACACAUUGACUUGAGUGGAUACAAUCAGCUAUGAUCGGCGGUUACGGCCUUUUCGUAACCGUGGUGGAAAUUCCUUGUGAGGGUUCAUUGCCAAGCCUUGAGACACCGCAAUGCUCAAGGAGGCCGGAUGCGGUGGGAAUUGGGGGUAACACUCCCAGAACAACUGAACUAUCCAUAGUUGAAGUGUAGCACAGUGAAUCGACCCAAGUCGGUGGAAAUUGACUUAUCAACUUGAAUGGUUACGAUCAGCUGCAGUCGGCAGAUACAACGUUUUCGUAGCCAUUCCAGAAAUGGUGGAAAUUCCUUGUGAGGGUUCAUUGCCAAGCCUUGAGACACUGCAAUGCUCAAGGAAGCCGGAUGCGGUUGAAAUCAGGGGUAACACUCCCAAAUCAACUUAAUUAUCCAUAGUUGAAGUGUAGCACAAUAAAUCCACCCAGGUGUACUGCAACCACCCACUAGGGGGAGCGCUAUAUGUUUGGGCCUCACCUCUGGGAAGCUUUAAUAUCAAUAAUCUGAUGAAGGGUUGAACCAAAAAUGUCAAGACGGACACAUAAAAGACGUAAAUUUCAAAGGUUCAGACUCCUAACUCGUCCUCUCUCUCUUUGGCCUUCCAGGUCGCCCUGACAGACGUAAACCCGAGCAUCGGCACAGGUAAGACUUUCUCCUCUCCUACCUCCUCUUUGUCUCACCUGGCAGCUCAACAAAGACCCGUUUCUGUUACCCAGAACUCGUGCGUGUAAUGUGACCCACAUGUAGGGAGAGUUCAGGCCGAAGAGGCACGUUUGAAGUCGAGUUGGAGUACUUCAUAAAAGUGAAACCUCUUUGAAGUUCGUUUUUCUGUAAAAUAAAUCAGUGAGGGAGUAAAAACCAAGACGCUACAGUCUGAAACAUUUCUUCUCUUUGACUCCAGCUCAGUCGCAGACUCGCAGGGACUACUUUCCUCUCCUUUGGUCUCCGGGUCUGACACACUCCUGAAAGUAUUUGGGCUUCUGGCCGGUUGGCAUGGCAACUAGCCGGGGCACUCACCGAGUUUAAAGAGUCUGUGUGUUUAUGAGGAGAAACAGAGCCCGGGUUUGAGUGUGUUUCAUUGAAACGGUGGGAAGACGAGACACAAAAGUCAUUGUCGGGAGAUUGUUAAAGUUCUUAACGCGUAAACAAACAGCUGAUAGUUUACGAAGACUUAAACGCACUUUCUCCAGUUUUCUCCACUUGAAUUAUAUAUGCUGCCUCAUCAGAGACUGACCUGCGAAACCAAAGACCGGCUCCGGUUUCUCCAAGUAAAAAACUCUUCAGUCAGCUGUGUUUUCUGAGACGCUCGAGCACUGGAGGGCAGAGCUGUUGGAUAAGCCCACGCUCACAUGAGACUGUUAGUUUGUCACAGGGCUUUGAGGGGCUUAGCAAAACCCUGUAACCCUGUAUGAAGUUUUCCCGUGAAAGAAAACUCCUCUUCAACAAAUAUAAUCAUCUUGGAGGAUCUGAGGACUUGUGCAUCUCAGAUCUGUCAUCAGUCCCUCUAAACUUUCACACUUUUUCUUGAACUCCCCGAUGACUGUUGCUGUUCAUCACAAGCGACACAUUCAGACUCAGCUCGUCACGCUGCCCUUGAAAUUGUGAUUUACAGCAGCCGCACACGCCCAAAAUGACGCAACGGAUCAGAAGAGAAACUCUGGAAAACUUCAUCACGAGUUUGCAGAGUAGACUAAAUCGAGUGACAUUAACACCUCUGGCAGAGCAAACUCGUCUUUGUUUGCGGCUUUGUUCAAUGGUUCUCCAAUAAACAGCGAGGAUUUGAAAGCGGAGAAAGUUUUUCCAGAGUUUGGAGUGUGUUUGGGCAGUGUCAGGGGUGAGUCAUGUGUGUGCGUUCAUGGUUAGCGGCUCUGUGGCACAAAGAGAAAGAAGAGUCAGUCAGAGACAAAGAGACCCGGGAAACAGACUUUUAGAGAAGACGGAGAGAUCCAGAAAGACGUCUGACCUCCUUCUGUCGUCUGGGUGAGUCUGGCUCUGUUGAUUCCUAACCUGCCUGGCUACCAACACCGCUCCUCUUUGACAGACAGGAAGUUUGGCUCCCGCUCAUCCUGGAGCUCUUAAAUACCUCUGGAUAAUCUGAGCAGUCUGUGUUUCAUUCAGGUGAAGUCUCCUGCUCUGAGGGGUUUCCAAAAAUAUCACUGAAUAUCAUGAACAGAAAGUGCUGGAGCGGCAAAACAAGUGAAAGAUGGAGAAACUGUUCAGUUCGAGACUUAAUGUUCGUUCUUUUUGGACGGAGGGUGACCUGAAACAUGUUUGGAGCCAAAGUUUGACUCACAAGUGGAAAAGGGAUUCUGCGAUGUGGCAUGUAGUGACUCAGAAAUCCUGUUUAUGUGUUCGAGUCAGCUCACAUCUUCGAUUGGAGAUAGUUUGACUUCAUAUUUGUCCACUUGUCGUCCGAGAUGUAAACAAGAGUAUCGUCUGCAUAUGAAGAUAUCUUUGGUUUUCUUUGACCAGGACAGUUACUUGUGUUUGCAUGUUUUUUACUUCUUAUUUGCCGAUUUCCUCACUUUAAAAAACAUCUUGGCCUGUAAUCCUGGUCAAAAUGAUUUUUUUUUUACUUGUGGUCUCAUAUCCAGAGCGCCUCAGUUCUAGUUGCGCUGUCACUUGCCAACGUCAAUCAGUCUUGGAGAGAAAAGAGCUCCAGCUUACUGGACUGCUGGGCCCUGAUGCAGUUUCGUUAUAGACACCAGUGUUGUCUUCAUUGACGAUUUUAGUCAAAGCCCCUUUUUUUCCACGAUGAAGACGUAACGUUGACGAGCUAAACAUAAGUCUUAGAUGACCAAAAUGUGCGUUUACGUUGACGAGACGAGACUAGACGAAAAGGUUAGUGGUGGACGACAAACAGAGCAUUUCGUCAGUCAAACGCUUAACAAAUAUUCUCAGUGUUGUUUUCGUUGACGAUGACGUUGACGUUGACAACACUGAUAGACACUCAAGCGUCCACAUGCACAGCUCAAUCGGCUCAGAAUUCGUUUUUUUCACCGAUCUGACUUCUCUCCUUGUCCGCGUAUACAUGCAGCUGAGAAAAUUGAAUUAUUGACGUGAACGUGUCCUCCUCCCAAAAACUAGGGGGCGAUUUGGGUCUUUUCAUCUUGGAGAAACAAGAAGAUGGAGCAUCGUACAGCGUUGUUUUUGUCGUACAUGAUGGACGCGCUACUUUUUCUGCAGAUGAGACGCUGCUACUCCUCCUUACGGGGGCGUGGCACACAUGCAUUGUCCGAUCAUACUCUGACUACGCUGGUUACAUGGUAGAGAAAAUAGGAUUCCAAUCACAUUAUCUCAAACUCCGAUUAUAGUCGAACUAAGGUGUUUACAUGCACUUAAGUUGUCCGGUCUUACUCGGAAUAAGGCGAUAAUUUGUUUUUCUCGAAUGUCGUGUUAAUGCACUGACUGACAUGUUGACCAAAAUGAGAAGAAGGUGGGGCUCUAACUCGAGGAGGAGGCGGGGCUUCCUUUAACAUUUAGGUGUUUUAAGGCUUGGCGAUGAACCCUCAGGUGUCUGAAUGUGAAUCCGAAGAAAAAGGAGAAGUUGAAAAUAAUUUUCCAGGCUGAGGAGUCUUACAGAAACGACGAGGUACCAACAGAGGUGAAGUAUUGUGACUCAUGUUUUCCCUUUUCUCUCUCUCUCUCUCUCUCUCUCUCUCUGCAGUCAGGGGCCUCUCUCGUCCAUCAGAGCAGCCAUCAAGAGAAGUGAGUAUUCAUCCUCAACCUCCAAAGCUACAGUCGUCUCCAAAGCUGGUUAUUUAUGUGCAAAGUGCAGAUAUUUACAACCAUCUAAAGAAGCGAUCAUCAAUAAUUAACAACAGAAGAACCAACAGACCGGUUCAGUCAAAGUUACUCAGUAUUUUCAGGGAUGUGGAGAAGAGAGCUGCUGAUUUCUUUAACAGAGCUCUGCAGAAAUCUGAAGUCCAGCCGAAAAGUGUUUUUAAAAGGGAAAAAACUGCAUUUUGACCUCUUUUUGAGGAGCAAUAAAAUCCUGAAAAGACGGAAACUCCCAACACCGGACCGUCACUACAUACCGCAGUGUUUAACCACUUCUUCAACCACUUCCCCUCAUGUUGCUUUAGAAAUCGGAAAACAUCAGUUUGGGUUUGAAAACAGUUAAUGCAGUUUAUACGGAGUCGUCACCGAUAUCUCACUGCACUGAAGCGGUCAGCCUUGUUGUUUUUGUCGAUCAUAAAAAAGGCAUCAGUGUAAACUUGGGUCUGUUUUAAAGCUGUCUGAAAUUCUUUACUGUGGCUUAAAGUCGGUCUUUGUCCCAUGUUGUUUUUAUGCACAGAGCUGUCACAGCAGGAGGGUUUGAUUCCUCCUCGAGCUCUCUAAAUCUGCAGGAGAGCUUCGCAUUCACUGUAACUGUCUGUUUGUGUUUUAAUCAUCGAAGCUGAAGGAGACUUGAAAGUGAAAUUUUUAAACGCAGCUCUUUUUCUUUAAAAAACAAAACAUGCUUUUGUGAUUACAGACGCAGGAGGGAUUGGAAACACUCCUUCUUUAUAAACACAUGUGUAUCAUCUGUAACACUCUGUCUUUCUCUUUCUAAACUCGGCUUUCUUUUCCGUCCUUCAGCCUCCAACAGAUCCACGUCUCUGUCCGAGUCGUCCAGAGACAGAGAGCGAGACAGAGAGCGGGACAGGGACAGGAGGUAAGACACUUCUUAUGCAGUUAUUUCAGAGAGGAGAGGGGCCUCUUUUACGGUCGUCUCCUCCCGAUAAGAUUUGACACAGUUCAGUGUUUACGCUCCACUUCAAAAAUGUGUCAUGUCAGGGAGAAAGAGGACGUAUUGUUAGUCAACAGACAGGCCGGACGACCUCUUUAGUUUACAGUAAAUAAGUGUCACUGCAGGAGUUCAACUGGACUCCUACAAGUUUCUAAAGAGUGAAUUUAACCGUUUUUAACCCGCUCAGAGCUUCUCAUGCUGCAGAUUUGAACUGGAAAAUAAAAUACAGAGUAAAUGCUGAGUGGAUAAAUGAACAUAAUUUUUCCGAAGAGUGACAUUUGCUCAAAGAGAAACUUAAUUUAUUAUUAUUUAAAGACAGAAAAACAUCUCCAGUUCUCCCAUGAUCCCUCUGGGCUUUAAAACAUGUCCAGUGUGCGUCACUUUGUGUAUUUCUCUGUCAGUGACAUCCUGUUAUCCCGAUGUUGCUAGGCGACCAGAGAUCACCAUCCUGUCGGCAGAGCCGCUGGCCUCCACAUCCUGGUUCCCUGGGGCUUCAGGAGGAUUCCCGCCUCCCCCUCCUCCUGCGGCACAGAUCUGGGGUCCCACAAUCCCUCCGUCCAUUCAGGUAAAUUUAGUCUGAGGUGAAUCUCAUUUUCCACGUAAACCCUGGAACUUCCACUGCAUCCGGAACAGUUCCGAUCCGGAACAAUUCCUACUAAAUUGUUUGUGAGGUGAAUUCCGUGGCGGAUUACGGACAACAGGAAUCGUGAGAACUCACAAAAACCAGUAGAUUUAUGUGUCUGUGCCCGACUUCCUUUCCAGCACGGGUUAAUCUGUGCUGAAUUUAUCCGGCAUGCUCCGGUGUCCGGAAAAAACAGAACUCUUGCGAUCAGCUGUGAAGUCCAGCGAUCGGCAGAGGAACCGAAAGAAGCCGGUGGAAAUUGACACGUUUACUUUAAUGGUUACGAUCAGCUACGAUCGGUGGAUACAGCCUUUUCGUCACCAUUCCGGAUCUGGUGGAAAUUCCUGGUGAGGGUUCAUUACCAAGCCUUGAGACACCUCAAUGCUAAAGGAAGCCGGAUGCUGUGAAAAUUUGGGGCAACACUCCCAAAACAACCGAGCUAUCCAUAGUUGAGGUGUAGCACAGUGUAGCAAAUUGACUUAUCAACUGGAAUGGUUACGAUCAGCUGCAGUCGGCGGAUCCGGCCUUUUCAUAGCUGUUCCGGAUGCGGUGGAAAUUGGGGGUAAUCUCUUACUCCUUCUCCUUCUCCUCUUCAGCCUCCUCCGUCCUAUGAGGAGGUGAUCAGGGAGAAGACUCAGGAGCAGGUCCUCCUUCCUUCUUCCUCCUCCAGCCUCCCCUCCUCUUCAUCUCGUCCAGUUUCUUCGAUCACCAUCGCCACACAGACCGAUUCAGGAUCCGCCCCGGACCACCAGGACUCACAGGGUCAGAGAAAACCAGGUCUUCAUUUAUUCGACAGUUUAAUUCUUUCUGUUUGUUAACGAUGUAAUAUGACGUGUUUGUGCAGCGAGGAGACCCGUGAGACCUCCUCGACCUCGACUCCCCACCUUGUUAAAGUCGUCCAGCGUUGAUGAAGUCGCUCCAACGCCAAACACGCCUCCGCCGUGCUGCGACCUCCUCACUGAGCUCUGUUCACCUUUGACCGCUAACUCCAGAGCUCAAACUGACCAAUGGGAUCAGUCGUUCGCUGCUCUUGACGUGGCAGCUCCUCCCACUACGUCCUCUCAAGUUCCAUCGGAGCGUCCCAAGCCCCGCCCACGCACCAGGCUCAGCGCUCCUCCAAUCAGCAACGAGGUCAAGGUCCAGACGUUGGUAAAGCUGCGUGAGGACGGUUUCGCCACGAUAGCUGCCCGCGCAGGAGCGAACAGCGCCAACCAGGAGGUGAGUCAGGGGAAGUACCUUCAGGAGCUGCUUGAGGCCUUCAGCGCUGACGACUGGGGCUUCCCUGAACGCCAGAGCAGCAGCAGUGGGAACAGCCAAUCAGAGAGUGAGGAAGGAGACGAGGAAGAGGAGGACAUGGCGACACUGAGAGCGAGGAUACAAGCGUUCGAGCAGCAGCAGCAGCAGGUAGCUGAUGGGAGCUGUGGAGAAGCUAACAAAGACUUUAUCACGAAGAAACCUGAACCUCGACCACGCCCACGUCUUCAGCCCACCAAAUCUGCCCCGCCCACUGUCGCCCCCAAACCCAAAAACUUCUCCCAAGCCUCCAAACCGUCCACCAAAGUAUUCUGGGAAGACCCCAGCUCUGCGUCAGACUCAUGUAGCAUCGAGUCUCCGAAACCAGCUGAAACCCCGCCCCAAGACUCAGACCCGGAACCCGUAGCUGCAACUGAACCUGCACCGACUACCACCCCAAAACCUGCCCUAACUCUGGGCCCCCAACCCUACAAGCCCCCUGAAAAACCCCUGAUAACACCCAAACCACAGGCUGUGACAGAAACCCUCCAGUCUGGAACCCCUGUCCCCACCCCGCGACCCCCUCCACCCAAACUAACCCCCUCAGACCAACAGACCAAACCCCCGCCCAGACCUCCAGUCGCCCCUAGGGCCAGUCUGGGAGGUCCAAGCCAGGAGAAGAGCACCACAGCUGGGCAAACAACCCCGACGCUGCCCCCCAGACCCUCUGUGGAGGUCAGCAGUGGAGCCGCAACAGAGACCAAGAGUGAGGAGACCCCGGAGGUGACAAACCAAGCAGGUGAGUAAUUAUCAGCUUUAUCCCUCAAUACUGACCCCUACAGGCAGCAACAGGGAACUACAACAACAAAUGGUGAAUUUUAAAUGAAUAUUUUAAACAGGAUAUUUUAGAUGUGGGGUAGUCGGGAUCCAAGAAGUUCCAGGUUUUUAGUAGAAAUCUUGAACGUAAACUCUACCCCUCCCAACCAGUUUUCCCCUCAAGCCCCGCCCACAAACAGACGCUCCUGCUCGCUCGUAUCGUUCCAAUUAAAUUCAGAUAUAAUGCAGAUAAAUACUUCAGAUCAUUACAAAUGGGGCCCAGUCAAGGUGAAAGUCAAAAGCAUUGGUGCUACUGUAGAUGCCAACAGACUACCAGCAAACACAAUGUUUGCAGGACUUCUACAACGAAGAUAAAGUGACAUAGUCCAGGACCCGAGGGAGGACAGUUUAGCGAUGGCGCUACAACACGCUACAGCAGGUCCGUUUGACAAGAAACACUUCUGUUACAGACACUUGUCUUACUUUGUUAAAGCGGUUUACCUGUCCAGCAGAAAGGUUACAGGGUCACCAAGAUCCCCAAGCGUCCCCCAUCGUUUAUGUUGACCCGGCUUUUUAGCUCUUGUCCGGUCUACCUCCGUUUUAAGCGCCCGUUAUUCCUCCAGAGUCUCCGGUAUUUACUUUGUUUUCUUGCUUGUGUCGGCAGUCGUGGCCAAAGGAGGAUUCAGACAAUUUUCUGAACUUUCUGGUUGGUUUCUACUGUCCGAUAUUGUAGCACGCUAACUUUGUUUAAAGAAGUGAGUUAGAGUGUGUUUGGAGAUCACAUCAUACAGGCCGGGGCACUUCCUACUUUAACGGGCAGAAACCUCGAGCAGAACCAGACUCAUGUUAGACUGGACUGGGUUCAAGCAGCUGGAAAGUAGGCAGGUCGGUGGUAACAAAACAUCUGCAUCAACCCUACAGGAUGAUGGAGCUCUCAUGUAUCCUGCAGCCGUACUUUUUAACCCUGACUGGUUUGAUAUCAAACACAAACAGGAAUGUGAGUCCUCCUGUGAGCCCUCAUGCAGACCCACGUGCGCUGAAACAUCAUUUGAAAGCUGAUAUGAGUGAAAAGAGUCGACGCUGACUUUUUAAACGGCGCUCCUCUGUUUACCCUGAAACCGCUCUCUGCGACGUCAGGGUUUCUGAUGCCUCCAUGCUGCAGGGUCAACUGAGUUUCAUCAUGAACCGAGACCAAACAACAAACAGAAAACUGUUCGUGUUUGUUGUCUAAGGCCAGAAAGUGUUUGAACAACUAUAAAAAACUAAAAUGAUAUUUGUGUAGCAUGCUGGAACAGAUAUAAAACCUUGACAUAUCAUCUUCCAAGUUCUGUUUCUGUUGACACCUGAUACACUGAAGUAAUAAACAAAAAAAGGAAGAGGUAGACGAACAACUCCUCUGUUCUGCAAAGUAAAAUCCCUUUUUUUGAUGAUCGGGGGGCUAUAAAAGAUUAAAUAAAACGGCUGUUUGUAUCCAAUAGAUACAAGAACUACCUGUUGAAGCCUUUGUUAUAAAUUUAGACGAGUUAAUUGUCUGUAGUUUUGAAUUUUCUCUCUUUAGUUAUUAAGUUUGUCGUCAUUUCUUUCUGUUUUUGUCGUUUUCAGCGAAGCCAGGAGGUAACCGACCAGGCAUCCCGACCAAACCGGCAGGACUGACCUCACUGCGUCGAUCCAGUGGUAAGAGAGAAAGUGUGUGUGUGUGUGUGUGUGUGUUUCAGAAGUCUAAGCUCGGCGCAGCUUCGGCACAAUGGAGCGUUUGAGAGCUUAGAGACACAAAUCUUGCUUCCUCAUUAUGUUGCAGAAAUAUGCAAACAUGAGGAGAGAUUUUAUGCAGUGUGUGUGUUUUUGUGCGUUUUUGUGUGUGUGUGUGUGUGUGUGUUACAGAAAAAAAAGGGGGGGGGGGGGUUACUUUAUUCAAUCCGAACCUUGUGAAAGAAAAAUGCUUCGAUUGUGUGAGAGGAGGAAAAAGACUUCACUGUUGUCCGAGCUGUGUGUGAGUUUGAUGUAUGCGUACUGUAUAUUUAUGUGUGUGUGUGUUUGUUUGUGUGUUUCUGUCAUGUGAUGUGAUUUGUGAAGCUGUCAGAGAAAUCACAUUAUGUAACCAGUUUGGCAAUUUUAGUUGCGACAUUAAAACCGAACCGCAAAGCCAGUUAAGAGUUAUUCUCUGUAGUUUAUGAUCUUCUCAAAGCCGCUGAGAAAUCUCUGCAGUCACUCAGCUGUUACACAACAGUCAGUCGCACACAGCGAGGACACAUUAUUUGUCCUACAGGCGGCGUGUGCAACAGUGGUCACACCUGCACUACCCUCAUCAUAGUUUCCUGUCACACCCGAAACCACCGGAUGGUAUCAAAGUAGGUCAUCACCGUCCAACAAUGUGUUAUUUUCUUACAGACAUGCCCUACAUAUCGGGGCUGUUUGAUAUAAAUGAUCUCAUCUGAGCUGAGAACAGUUAUUUUUCUCUCUCGAUUAAUCGCAAGUAUCAUUAAUCGCAAUUAAUCGCAUACUGAGAGUUCCAUUAUUUUGCAUUUAAAACAGAUUUUUUCAAAAUGUCACUUUUGGCCAUGUGCUCUUUUUACACCCAUUGAAGCAGAUUACACACAGAUAUAAUCGUUUAUAAUCAGACAUCUGUUCUCCACCUACACCUCCAAAUUCGUCCCUCAAACUCAGUGGAGCCUCGCCAACGCCAUCAGAUUCAAACCCAGUCCCGCCCAGAACCAAUAACUCCCACCACAGCCCCAAAACCACACGGAGAACAACGUGUUAUUCUGUUACAGACGUGCCCUACCUAUCUGGGCUGUUUGAUAUAAAUGAUCUCAUCUGAGCUGUAAUACUGUUAUUUUUCUCUCUUAAUUAAUCGCCAAUAUCAUUAAUCGCGAUUAAUCGCACAUUGUGAGUUCCAUUAUUUUAGAUUAUGUGUUAUUCUGUUACAGAUAUGCCCUACAUAUCUGGGCUGUUUGAUAUAAAUGGUCUCAUUUUAACUGUGAAACUGUUAUUUUUCUUUUUCGAUUAAUCGCCAGUAUCAUUAAUCGCGAUUAAUCGCAUAUUGAGAGUUCCAUUAUUUUACAUAAUCUGUUAUUCUGUUACAGACAAGCCCUACAUAUCUGGGCUGUUUGAUAUGAAUGAUCUAAUCUGAGCUGUAGAACUGUUAUCUUUUUCUCUCUCGAUUAAUCGCCGAUAUAAUUAAUCGCCGAUUAAUCGUACAUCAAGAGUUCCAUUAUUUCGCAUUUAAAACAGAUUUUUUCAAAAUGUCACUUUUGGCUAUGAGCUUUUUUCACACCCAUAAAAACAGAUUACACACAGAUAUAAUCAUUUAUAAUCGGACAUCUGUUCACCACCCCCAGCUCAAAUUUGGCCCCCAAACCCACUAGAAUCUUGCAAACGUCACCAGAUUCAAACCCAGUCCCACCCAAACCAAUAGCUCCCACCACAGCCCCAAAACCACAAGAACCAAAUCCAGGCCCAGCUCUGAGUAUUCAAUGAUCUCAUCUGAGCUGCGAUACUGUUAUUUUUCUCUCUCGAUUAAUCGCAAAUAUUGUUAAUCGCGAUUAAUUGCAUAUUGAGAGUUCCAUUAUUUAAAGACCGUACUUAAAAUUCAGUGUCGAGACUUCACAAGUUUUUCAAAGUGUCACUUUUGGCUGUAAGCUCUUUUCACACCCAUAAAAACAGAUUACAAACAGAUAUGAUCAUUUAUAAUCGGACAUCUGUUCUUCACCCCCAGCUCCAAAUUUGGCCCCCAAACCUACUGGAGCCUCGCCAACGCCAUCAGAAUCAAACCCAGCCCCGCCCAAACCAAUAGCUCCCACCACAGCCCCAAAACCACAAGGACCAACUCCAGGCCCAGCCCCGAGUAUGAAACCCCUGACCACAGCUCCUUCUCCAGCUCUGAGGAAAGGUCCCGUGAUCCAAAACAAACCAGAAACCGCCAACACGGUGACCCCGGACUCCUCUGAUCCCCCUUUGCCCCCUCGGUAAGAAAAAAAAGGAUUCGAUGUUUUAAAGUUACUCAUGAACAGUGUCGUCAACAAGCUUACAAAUGUCCGCCUCUCUCUUUCUUGGUUUCUUUCCAGGCCUACAGGUGUGAAGCUCCUCCCACUUCGCCCUCCACCAAUCAAAUCCAUCCCCGGUAGGCCGCCCCCUCCUUCUAUCACCUCCCCUCCAGCGUCCACUCAGAUAACCGCGCCCACACCCCAAACUGCCCCCACCCCCUUGGUGUCUCAAGCCAGCCGGUCAUCUCCUCCUCCGCAAAGUCCUUCUUCUGUGUCAGCCAAUCAGAUUCAGUCUCAAAAGCUUUCCAAGAGAGGACCGCCUCUCCCCCCUCGCCCUAAACCUGGACACCCCCUCUACAACAGUUGCACGGUAUGUAAACACACACACACACACACACACACACACACAUGGCAGGUUCGAGUUCUGAUCUGUAUGACCUCUCAGAAACAGGAAGUCCUGAUCGUCCUGGAUGACCCCACCCCCGCUGAGCUUCCAUUAGGUGAGGGGAGGAGCCAAACCAGCAUCAUUAACCAAACACAGUGUCUCCUGGACCUGGACGUCCAACCAGAUCCUCCUCUAGAUCAGGACAGCCAAUCAAAACCUGCGCUGGAGGAUCUCAGCCUAUCAGACUCACAGGUAACUCUCUGGAUAGAUCGUAUAUCCACUUGGUCCGGGUCUGCUGCGGUACUCUGAUAUCUUUGCAUGGAACAGGAAGAUAGUACUCAAUCUGUAUCAUAUUUCACACACGUUUGAGGUACCGGAAUAGCGCCACCUUCUGGAAAAAACAUAGUACUAACUAGUGUUGGGCGGUAUGACGGUAUAAAAGCGUCUACUGGUAGAAAUUUUGCUGUAGGAGAGCGAGAGAGCAGAUGUCUGCUGCAUCCCUUUGAGUCGCUAACAAGAAAGCCUGAGCGCAUCCGUUUAGGUGUUUGUUCGCUCCCUUUGAUUGGUCAGGUUUGGGUGCGCUCCCUAUAAUCACCAGCGUGUCCAGCAGACUACUUGGCAAAGCUUCAACGAAGAAGACAAAGCUUCACUGGUGGUGGUCAUGGCGGACACAGAGAUUAAUGGUGGCACUGAACAAACGGAGGCAGCCCGACCCACCCAACACGAGGAAAAGGAGGAGGAACUCAUCCAGAAAAAGGGUGCGAGUCGCGACAUCAGUUGUCUGGAGAUUCUUUGGAUUUAGAAAAUCCGACAAUGAUCAAAAAACAAAACUGUACAAAGAGUGUCGGAAACACCAAGAACCUCUUCCACCACCUAAAGGAGUUUUUGGCCAAAGGUACGACAUUGAUAAAAAAUCGCCAGACUGAUCUGACAUUUAGUUUUCAUUUGUAUAAAAAUCCAAGUGUAAAAAAAAAGGGAAAUGAACAAAGGCGACAGUUUGGUUAUUUUUAAGACAUGAAUUGAAUUUACAGAGAAAAAACAUACAGUUUAAUAUACCGUUACUGUGAUUUAAGAUUUUGUUCAUACCACCCAACACUAGUACAGACUCACACAUGUAAUGUCUGAUCUUUAAAUUUCACAGGUUUGGUGAUAGCCUCAGUCUAAGCUCCUCUGCAUAUAUACAUAUGAAUACAUAUAUAUAUUUUAUUUCAGAGUACUACUGCCACCUAUUGGACAAAAGCUGCAUUGACACCACAUGCACUACUUACUAAAGCAUCAAGCUUUGCCUUUUAAUCAAACCACUGUUGUGAAAAUAACUAAAGUUCUGACAGUCAGCGAUGAAUUUACGAGCUUUAGAUCCAGGAUUCAGGUCUCAGUCUGAACACAUCGACAUGCACUUCUGGGUCAUGGUGAGACCACCACCCAGGGGUGCAUGUUUGACCCAGUACAGAUGAUAAGUACAAUACCCGACCGGUAUGGAUUUUUUGGGGUCGAUACCGAUUAUUGGGGGGGGGGGGGUCCAAUUACUGAUUAAUCGGACGAUUUUUUAAAUUUUUUUAUGAAGUUAUAAAAUUAUAUUUAUACAGUAGAUAUAUACAGAAUACUAUUUACUGUAUAUGUACUGUAGGCAACUGCUCUUCUCACGACAGGAAGACUGACUCGGACAAAAGUGUUUUCAACUACAUGGUGAAGUGGGUUGAACUGAAACUUGUUGACUUAUCGUGUAUUUCACAAACUGGUUUAUUUACCGUUGAGGCGGACCGCUCUCCUCCGUGCGUCCCUGAGCUGUGAGGUAGUCUGUGGAUGAAGUUUGUCAUGAGGUCGCUGUAGCGCCAUCUACAGGAUAAGUCGGGGAACUUUUCAAAUGGCGGAACAUUUUCAAAGUGAAACCAAAUCUUAUUCUCUGCAUUUUAUUUCUGAAAAUAUCGGUGAAAAUCGGCGAGUUUUGGCCGAUCACCGAUUAGUCUCAAACAGGCAAAAAUUGGAAAUCGGUCGGGCUUUAAAUACCUUAUUUUUCAGACUAUAAGGCGCACUUAAAAUCUUUAAAUUUUCUCAAGAAUUGACAGCGCGCCUCAUGUAUGAUUACUUGUUGUGCUUACUGACCGAUUUUAUAUGGUACAGUGCGCUCAAAAAUCUGUCGAAAUGUCUAAAUACGACUUUGGUAAGCAACAAAGCCGCUGCGCUCAAUGGAUAUUCGGCGCAUUACGAUAACUGUCAUCUGAGCUGGAAUCAUCACUGAACAUCAAGUACCGGUAACAGCAACGAGACGGACUCGGAUAAUGACCAAAAAAGCUUGAUGCCGAAAUCACACAGCUGUUUAACUCCGACACUGAAAAUGAAGAACUCCAUGUGUUGUUUUGCUUAAUGCGCCUUGUAAUCCGAUGCGCCCGAAAAAUCCGAUAGAUGACAUCUCUGUUAUUGUUUUGUCCUCCAGUCGAUAAUUCCUGUCCAGCCCACUGAGCAGAAGGAGCAGCCGGACCCUCCUCCCGUCAGGUCAGAAACACGACAUGAACCCCGUCACUUCAAACCGACUCGACUUUAACGAGAAUCGGCUCAUUUAUUCUUUACUCUCUCUCUCAGCGGGCCUCGCUGCGUCGCGCUGUUUGACUACGAGGGAGAGGAAGAGGACGAGCUCACCUUCUCUCAGGGCGACGUCAUCGCCCUCCUGGAGCUCAUUGGACAGGAGUGGGGGCGGGGCCAGAUCCACGGGCGUGUCGGGAUUUUCCCGCUGAGCUUCACAGAGGUGGUGGAGCCGUUAAAGCAAGAGGAAACGACGAAGCUAACGACGGAGACACCGGUGAUGGAGAAGAGAGGUGAAACAUGAAACAUCCUCGUCGAUUUAGUUAAAAGAUUUUAAUUGAUGUUCAGAAACAAGAUAUAAAAGAUACUUAUUUCUCUGUUUUUCCAGCUCCAGUGACCUCGCAGAAGUCAGACCCAGAGGUGAGUGUGUUCAAGUGUGAGUAAAUGUGUGUGUGCGUCAGUUUUAGUUUGUUAGCGUUCGUCAAAUUUCAGAUUUUUAUUAGUUUGUCUCUUUAUUAUGAUGUUGAGUUUUUUUUGUGUGUCUUCCUCUGUGUGUGUCUGUGUUUGUGUUUAGGUGAAAGAGUGGGCGGUGGCUCUCUUUGACUUCCCCGGUCAGACUGCCGAGGAUCUGUCCUUCCACAAGGGGGCGCUGAUUGAGGUGAUGGGCCACGUCGACGCUGAGUGGAGGAGAGGACGGCUGGAGGGGAGAGAGGGGCUUUACCCCGCCGCCUUUACACAGAGCUGCCAGGGUAACACACACACACACACACACACUAAAACACACGCGCACACACAUAUAACAAUCUUCAUAACAUUGUCUCGCCCGGGUUUCAGCUCAGCCAAUCACAGCCCAGCAGUCAUCACUUAAAGGCGUGGCCAAGUUUGACUUCACAGCAGAGAGCGAGGACGAGCUCACAGUAAAGGUGUGAGUGUGCGUGCACAGUUUUAAAGAUGUAUUUGUAUUUAUUUUUGUAUUAUUUUAUUAUUUUAGAUACUUUAGUAUUAUUUAUUAUUUGUAUUUUUAGAUUUAAAGCUCAGAUAACUUUAAGUUUUGGUCUUUAAGUUAUUUAAUUCUCAGAACUUGUUUAAUCAGAAUAUAUUUUUCAUUAUUUUGUUAUAAUAAGUUUUUGUUUUGGUGACUCAGAUUUAAAUAUUUGAAUUUACAAACGUGCUUAAUUAAAAUUAAAAUAAACUAGAAUUAAAUUAUUAUUAUUAUUAUAUAUUAUUUUGUGACGUUUGAAACAUUUUUAUCACAAAAAUCUGUUAUUUUUUUAUUUUAAUGCUCAUUAAAACUCCCGUGAGGAACUUGUGAUUCAGGCUGAUUAUGGCGCCCUCCUGUGGCCGGAGAUAAAACCUCAUGGCUUUGCUGAUUUUGUAUUUUCUGACAGUUUUUUUCUGCUCUGUUUUAAACUGAUUAAAAGAGGUUAAAAUCUAAAACUAAAAUGAUUUUAAAGAUGUGCUGAACUUUCAGAAACAAAAUCAGUAAAUGUCAAACUGUAAAGACAAAAAACUUCUAUAUUUCAGUAAAAUUUUAUUCAUGAAUCUCAGUCUUGAUGUUUUUUUUGUCUUUUUUUUUUUGCAGGUAGGUGACAUGGUCACACAGGUGGAGACGGUGGAUGAGCAGUGGAUUCUGGGAGUUGCAGGUGGGAAACGAGGGAUUGUGCCUAAAAACUACAUUUCGCUUCUCUGAUGAGAUCGGAGGAUUUUUUUCUUUUUUUAUAUAUUCCUGCAGCGGUUUUCUCUGUGAACAGGUGGGUUUAUCUCUGAACUGAAGACCUUUACUGCACCUGUUUGAACCUCACAGAGUUUUGACGUGACUGUGCUGUGGACACCUGGACACGCACAUCAAACCUGGUCCCGAGUUUUCACCGACUUUCUGCCACUUUAUCGUGAAUAAAAGCAACAGGAAUUUUGCUGCGUCAUGACUGAGAUCAACUCAAACUGAAAGUCUUAAAUUUUCAACUCAUGGGCAUCCUGUCACGUUUUAGUUUGUGUUCUUACUCUGAGGACUCAGUUUGACUCAUUAUUCCUGACUCGUCUAAAGACUGUCGUCAAAAUCGAACCCUGGAGCUCCUGAACGUUUUUAGAAAAGGCCUCAAACAACGAGAUCCGUCCCUGUUUCACUCUGUUAUCAUGUUUUUGCAUCAUAGGACUCGACCUUCAUCACUGAAAUCAGACAGCAGAGUUAAACCUGAAUGACACAUUCUCCAGCCAGCCACUAGGGGGAGCUCUAAGUGUAUUGGCUUCACUUUUCAGGAGCUGUUUUUUCACAACGCUGACUCAAAGCUUCUCUUGACAAAGAUCGGAAAAGAAAGACUUCUUGUUUUAUGACACUGUUGUUCCUUUUUUUAGCUAUUUUAAAGUUAUUUUUCUUCUGCACAUUAUUUCCAUUAAAACGCUCAGAAAGGAUGCUAAAAUAAAUGCAAUGAUUUCUAAAAUGAAAUUAAAAAAUCUGUUUUAUUUUGGAAAUCAUCUCAGAAACUGAAUUUGUUUGAGUCGUACUCAUCUCCUGAAAGUGUUUAUUGUGCACGUUUGUUUUUUGACUGUAACACUAGUUUGUGUUUGUGACGAGAGACACGACAGAGGACUUAUGAAACCUUUUUAGUGUAACCAAACAUUCCGACUUUUAAUACGAAUAAACUUUGAGAUACUUCUGAAAAA